AUGAGGACGAUCCUCCCUCUCCUUUCCCUGGGCACUGUCGCCCACGCCCUGUACUUCUUCAUCGACGGCACCACGCCCAAGUGCUUCUUCGAGGAUCUGCCCAAGGACACGCUGGUCGUCGGCCACUACGAUGCUCAGGAGUUUGACGAGAACACCCAGUCAUGGUCCAAGCACGAUGGCAUCAGCAUUUACAUCUCCGUUGAUGAGGUAUUCGACAAUGAUCACCGCGUCGUCUCGCAACGUGGCUCUUCCGCUGGCCGCUUCACAUUCAGCGCCGCCGACGCUGGCGAGCACCGCAUCUGCUUCACUCCCUCCUCCAACUCGGGCCGUCAGGGCUGGUUGAGCUCGAUGCACCCCAAUGGUGGCAUCAAGCUCACCCUCGACCUGGCCAUCGGCGAGACUAGCGACAUCGAAAGCACCGACAAGGGCAAGAUGGCCGAUAUUUCCCAGCGUGUCAAGGAUCUCAACUCGAGGUUGCAGGAUAUCCGCAGGGAACAGGUCUUCCAAAGAGAACGCGAAGCCGAAUUCAGAGAUCAAUCCGAAAGCACAAACUCCCGUACCAUUCGAUGGAUGGGCAUCCAGGUGCUUGUUCUGGCCGCUACAUGCGCAUGGCAACUCUCGCAUCUGCGAUCGUUCUUCAUCAAGCAGAAGCUUACCUAA